CGCGCCCGCGUGCGCCAGGGCAGGAGUGGGAGCUGCGGCCCUGGAGGCGCUGAGGCUCGGCAGGCCCUGCCCGGCCCAGCGAUGGAGUUUCCGGACCUCGGGGCUCACUGUUCCGAACCGAGCUGUCAGCGUUUGGAUUUUCUGCCGCUCAAGUGCGACGCCUGCUCGGGCAUCUUUUGCGCAGACCAUGUAGCCUACGCCCAGCAUCACUGUGGAUCUGCCUACCAAAAGGAUAUCCAGGUACCUGUAUGCCCACUCUGUAAUGUGCCUGUACCUGUGGCCAGAGGGGAGCCCCCUGACCGCGCUGUUGGGGAGCACAUUGACCGAGACUGCCGCUCUGAUCCAGCCCAGCAAAAACGUAAGAUCUUCACCAAUAAGUGUGAACGCUCUGGCUGCCGGCAGCGGGAAAUGAUGAAACUGACCUGCGAGCGCUGUACCCGAAACUUCUGCAUCAAGCACCGUCACCCACUGGACCAUGAUUGCUCUGGGGAGGGGCACCAAACCAGUAGGGCGGGACUUGCCGCCAUCUCCAGAGCACAAAGCCUAGCUUCUUCUACAAAGACCAACCCCAGCCCAAAUCAGACCUUGCCUUCAUCUACCUCUGCCAGCAGAGCCACAACUCAGUCUCCAUCUCGGACAGCCCCUCCAGUGAUUGCUUUGCAAAAUGGCUUGAGUGAGGAUGAGGCUCUGCAGCGAGCCCUUGAACUGUCCCUGGCAGAGACCAAACCCCAGAUCCCAAGUUCUCAGGAGGAAGAAGACUUAGCUUUAGCACAAGCACUAUCAGCCAGUGAGGCAGAAUACCGACAGCAGCAGGCUCAAAGCCGCAGCUUGAAGCCGUCCAACUGCAACCUGUGCUAGGGCCUUGGGCUUGGGGAGGGAGGCUCAGCUGAGGAGGACUGUGGCCCUCGCACCUCUAGGGUCCACAGGGAGAGGAGGCCUGGAGCAGCCUGGACUGAAGAUGAGGAGGAGUGACAUGGAGGCCACCUCCAGGGAGCAUCAGGAGAAACAGCUUGCAGAGCUGAGCCUACAGAUGGCUCUGCUGGCCUGUCCAGCUGCACGGAAGAGAGCAACUCUGAACUAUUCCCUGGCCAGGCCCCACUUAGACUCCUGCAUCUUGUCAUCUCCUGUAUACUGGGGUUGACCCCACGUAUAGGGGGCAGGGAGGGGCCUAGAAAGAAUAAAGGAUCUUGGCAGUCAAUAAGACA